CUCCUCCCUGCCCAGGUGAUGGUGUGGAUCCAUGGAGGUGCAUUCAUGGUGGGUGGAGCCUCAACCUAUGAUGGCCUGGCUCUCUCUGCCCAUGAAAGCGUGGUGGUGGUGACCAUUCAGUACCGUCUGGGCAUCUGGGGAUUCUUCAGCACAGGGGACGAACACAGUCCGGGGAACUGGGGUCACUUGGACCAAGUGGCCGCUCUGCGCUGGGUCCAGGACAACAUUGCCAAAUUCGGAGGGAACCCACGCUCUGUGACUAUCUUUGGAGAGUCAGCAGGCGGUGAAAGUGUCUCUGUCCUUGUUUUAUCUCCCCUGGCCAAGAACCUCUUCCAUCGGGCCAUUUCCCAGAGUAGUGCGGCACUCGGUUAUGCUCUGGUCAAGAAGGACAUCAAGCUCCUGGCACAGAAAAUUGCUGUCACUGCUGGAUGUAAAACCACCACGUCGGCUGUCAUGGUUCACUGCCUGCGCCAGAAGACAGAGGAUGAGCUCUUGGAUUUGACACUGAAAAUGAAUUUUUUUGCAAUCCAUUUAAAUGAAAACCCCGGAGAGGCUGACCUCUUCAUGCCCACCGUGGUGGAUGGAGUGGUGCUGCCAAAAAUGCCUGAGGAGCUUCUGAAAGAAAAGAACUUCAACAUGGUCCCCUACGUGGUUGGAAUCAACAAGCAGGAGUUUGGCUGGAUUCUUCCAAUGAUGUUGGGUUUCCCACUUUCUGAAGGCAAACUGGACCAGAAGACGGCCACGUCACUGCUGUGGAAGUUCUACCCUAUUACUGGCAUCCCUGAGGAACUGACUUCAGUAGCCAUUGAGAAGUAUUUAGGGGGAACAGAUGACCCUGUCAAAAAGAAAGACCUGUUCCUGGACUUGACUGCUGAUGUCGUAAUUGGGGUCCCAUCUGUGAAUGUAGCUCGAUACCACAGAGAUGCUGGAGCCCCCACCUACAUGUAUGAGUUUCAGUACCGCCCAAGCUUCUCCUCAAACACGAAACCCGACACGGUGACAGGGGACCAUGGGGAUGAGCUCUUCUCUGUGUUUGGAGCCCCAUUUUUAAAAGAGGGGGCUUCUGAGGAGGAGAUCAGAAUUAGCAAGAUGGUGAUGAAAUUCUGGGCCAACUUUGCUCGGAACGGGAACCCCAAUGGGGAGGGACUGCCCCACUGGCCAGAGUAUGACCAGAAGGAAGGGUACCUGCAGAUUGGUGUCACCACCCAGGCAGCCCAGAAGCUGAAGGAUGAGGAAGUGGCUUUCUGGAACAAGCUCCUGGCCACAAAGGCUGUGGUGAAGCCACCUCAGAGAGAGCACAUUGAGUUGUGAACAGGAGGCCUCACCAGCCACCAGAGGCUGAAGGAGCCACUUCAGGGGUGUUCUACAGAUGGUGACUAUAGGUCAGAGAGGCAUCUCAUUGUGGAGUCUGGGGAAUUGUCCAUGGGGGGGUGGGGUGGGAGCAGUUUUUGCAGUUGUGACCUCAAUU